AGUGGGAGAGGGAGGCGGAGAGCGUAGCUGAAUUUUGUGUUUGCCGGUUGUCUCACACAAUCAAGCCCAAACACAAACAUUUACAGGGAUUUAAAUAAGCAUCAUUAGGAUUGACGUCUGAAAAUAACUUCCCUGUAUUGUCAACCAUGGCUUCUGGUUUGGAAAGCUAUGUCAACCAUACAGUAUCUAUCAUUACAGCUGAUGGCCGAAAUUUCAUUGGAACUUUGAAAGGUUUUGACCAGACUAUUAAUUUAAUUCUUGAGGAGUCACAUGAACGAGUUUACAGCACUACUACAGGUGUUGAACAGGUUGUCCUGGGACUCCACAUUAUCCGUGGAGACAAUGUUGCUGUUGUUGGAGAAAUGGACGAAGAUAUUGACUCCCAAAUAAAUCUAGCAAAUAUCAGAGCAGAACCUUUAAGUACUAUAGCUCACUGAUAAAAGUGAAAUAACUGGUUUUAUGUUACUUAAAGAAUUUUGUGAUAGGUUUGUAAAACUUAGUCCAUAUUUCAAAUACCUUGUGCUUGUCUUUGAGGGUCUUUUUUCUUUUUACAAGCUGUUACAAAUUCCCUGAAUUGACCUCAAAAUAAUAAGUUCAGUGGUUCUUUAGAUUGCUUUUUUUAUUGUUUUGGUUUUAAAGUCCAAGUACAGUUAUACAGAGCCUAAGCUCUUCUUCAUUAUAACAAAACUAAAUUACAUUAAAAAAUUCUUCGAACAUUAGAAUGCAUUUGAAUGCUUUGCUUGGUAACAGAACAGACAUGGUUCAAGAAAAAAAUAAAUACAAUUAUUUUUACAGUGUAUGGUGUACAUGGAAUGUUAUGUUAAAAUAGACCAACCACUCUAACAUGUAUUUAAUUCUAGGUGUUUAUGUUUAACUGAGAGGAGGAAACCACCACUCUCGCAAGGUCCAUGAAUAAAUAAAUGAACUGAUUAAAUUUCA